CCGCUCAGCGCGCGCGCCAGUCGCUCUUCGCCGCGCGCACGGGAAAGAGCUCGAGCGCAGCUGCGCCUACACUUCAGUUCGGUUCAGGUCGGAAUUGGACCUGCAUCUGCCUCCUCACUGCCGCCUGCACGCGCUGACUAUCCGUGUGUGGGGGAGUGUGUGUGUAGGGGGAAAAAAAGUAUCUUAUAGAGAGGAAUCUCAAUGAGAAUUCCUCAUGCAUGCUCCGGAGAGUCUUCACGUGCACUCCUUGACAUAUAGAGAGCAGAUCUAUUUUUUCCUUCACUCUUGGAUAUGAAUUGUUUUGUGCUCUUUCUCGGCUCAGCUCUGCGUGAUAUGGGCUUUACGAGUUCGCGCGCCACAGUCAGGUAGUCCAGUAUCCAUCAGAUCCCGUAAUGCACGCUUGAUCCGGGGUGUGCAUCCUGCAUGCAAGAGCUUUGGAUGUGUAUGUGAACUGCACUGGAUAUGGAUUUGCGUUCACACAAGUGGAGCGUUUGGAUCGUGCAUCAUCUCGCGAUGCUCCUCGUGCCCGUCCUCGUGUUGGCGUCGCAGGCUCGCGCGGCUCCUUCUCUCACAACCGAGCAGAUGGACAUGGGGGUGGGUUUUGAAGAGCGAAGAACAGCUCCACUAAAGUGUCUAAUCAGUUCCAGCCAGGAUUGGCUGAGUAAGUUCGGGUAUCUCCCACCGGCUGACCCUGUGACCGGCCAACUGCAGACUAAGGAGGCUCUGACCAAGGCGAUUAAAGCCAUGCAGCGAUUCGGAGGCCUGGAGGAAACCGGAGUGUUUGACCAGGCCACCUUGGGGUUAAUGAAGACGCCACGCUGCUCACUGCCAGACAUGUCGGAGACGGAGACAACGUCUAGCAGGAGAAGGCGAGCCCUUUCACCUCAGAAAAAGUGGGCCAAGAGACACCUGUCCUGGAGGGUGCGGACGUUUCCCAAGGAGUCAGCUGUACUAGGGAGGGAAACCGUACGAGCCCUGAUGUACUACGCUCUGAAGGUGUGGAGUGACAUCACGCCGCUUAACUUCCACGAGGUGGCGGGCAACAAGGCGGACAUCCAGAUCGACUUCACCAAAGCAGACCACAAUGACGGAUACCCAUUUGACGGCCCUGGUGGGACUGUAGCUCACGCCUUCUUCCCAGGAGAACGUUUCACUGCUGGGGAUACCCACUUUGAUGAUGAUGAGGCUUGGACUUUUAGGUCUCCAGAUUCGCAUGGCAUGGACCUGUUUGCUGUGGCGGUACACGAGUUUGGCCACGCCAUUGGACUCGCGCAUACGUCUGCCAUUGAGUCCAUCAUGCGUCCGUACUACCAAGGGCCAGUGGGAGACCCGCUGAAGUACGAUCUCCCUUAUGAGGACAAAGUGCGAGUCUGGCAGCUUUAUGGUGUAAGGGACUCGGUCUCCCACACAGCUCGUCCUGAUGCUUCAUCUCAUACAGAUGAUCCGCCUGUUCUAAUGGACCUGCCGGAAAACAAAUCCACAGUGCCGCCAGCACGUGAUGCCCCUGACAGAUGUACCAGUCAGUUCGAUGCAGUGGCUCAAAUCCGAGGGGAGGCCUUUUUUUUUAAAGGGAAGUAUUUUUGGCGGCUGACUCGGGAUAGGCACCUGGUGUCUUUGAGGCCAACCCAAAUCCAACGCUUCUGGAGAGGUCUACCUGCCAACCUGGAUAGCAUUGAUGCUGUGUAUGAGAGGCCUGGAGACCAUAAGAUCGUCUUUUUUAAAGGAAUGAAGUAUUGGGUAUUCAAGGACAACAUUGUGGAAGAAGGCUACCCACGGCUAAUCAGUGAUUUCGGCCUGCCUAUAGAGGGUGUCGACGCUGCCUUCGUCUGGAUGCACAAUGACAAGACGUACUUCUUUAAAGACAACCAUUACUGGCGCUAUGACGACCAUCUGCGGCAUAUGGACCAGGGAUACCCAAAGGAUACGUCGCUAUGGAAAGGGAUUCCAUCUCAGCUAGACGAUGCCAUGCGCUGGUCUGACAGUGCCUCAUACUUCUUCAAGGGUAAGGAGUACUGGCGAGUAGUAGGAAGCGAUAUGGAGGUCGAGGCAGGGUAUCCUCGCCCCAUCGGAAUAGACUGGCUGAUCUGCAAGGACAUGCAGUCGGACGCCCCGGAGACAAGGAACAAUGAGACAGGCUCACAGCUCACCGGGCAGCACCACACGGACCACGCCGAAAACGGCUACGAGGUGUGUUCCUGUACCUCCGACUCCGGCUCGUCUGCAAGCCCACGCCUGCAGCUCGCACCUGCCUGGCCGCUGGUCGCCUUUUUAAUACUGACACACACCCUCACAUGUGGUGCACUCUGAUGACGGGGACACCACAGGCCUGCACUGGCAUGGACAUGGACACCGAGAGUGCGUAUGCAAGCGGCUUGUGGGAAGGACAGCAGAGGGGCGAACUUACACUCUAAUCAGUGAUGCUUUGGCAAACUUACACUCCAUUCAGUGAUCAUUGCUUACAUCGGGCUAUUUUAUAUUGAAUAAUUACUAUUAUUAUUAUUAUUAUUAUUAUUAUUAUUAUAACUGCAUUGAAAUUCCUUUUUUUCUUUUGUGUGCCUCCAAACAGGUUCAUUUCAAGCACUUUGUAAAAUCCAUGUCAAAUAUCAUAGGCUUUUUUUCUUUCAUCGUGCAAUCAGAAGGAUAUUCAGCAUUUAAAGAGCGACAGAUGUUUAUCUGUAUUUUCCAGACAAAAAGUCACACAGUUUUUUUAACAUGCCUCACCCCCACAUUAAUAUAAGUUUAAAAAGAACUCAUAUGUUGGGUUAUUCAAUAGAUGCAAUGUUUAUUAAAGUCAAGACCCUCAUUA